AUGUCUUUUCGACUUUCUGGUGGAUCCAGGCGGCUCUGCUCUCAAGCUGGCGCUGGUCGGCUAACUGGUGGAAGGACAGGCUUCAGGGCUGGAAAUGUAUGCAGUGGGUUGGGAGCAGGAAGUAGCUUCUCUGGCCCUCUUGGAAGCGUUUCUUCUAAAGGAAGUUUCUCUCAUGGUGGUGGAGGGUUGGGAAGUGGUGUCUGCACUGGUUUUCUUGAAAAUGAGCAUGGCCUCCUCCCUGGGAAUGAAAAGGUAACACUGCAGAACCUCAAUGACCGCCUGGCAUCCUAUCUGGACCACGUGUGUACUCUGGAGGAGGCCAACGCUGACCUCGAGCAGAAAAUCAAGGGCUGGUAUGAGAAAUAUGGGCCUGGUUCUGGCCGGCAACUUGCUCAUGACUAUAGUAAAUAUUUCUCAGUCACUGAAGAUCUCAAAAGGCAGAUUAUUUCUGUGACUACCUGUAAUGCCAGCAUUGUUCUACAAAAUGAAAAUGCCAGACUGACCACUGAUGACUUCAGGCUGAAGUAUGAAAAUGAGCUUGCUCUCCACCAGAGUGUUGAGGCUGACAUCAACGGUCUUCACAGAGUUAUGGAUGAGCUGACUCUUUGUAUAAGUGACCUGGAGAUGCAGUGUGAAGUACUCAGUGAGGAACUGACAUACCUCAAAAAAAAUCACCAGGAGCUUUUCCAGGAAAUGAAAGUCAUGCAGGGUGCAGCCGGGGGGAACGUGAAUGUGAAGAUAAAUGCAGCCCCAGGAGUGGACCUCACUGUUCUGUUGAACAACAUGAGGGCUGAGUACGAGGACUUGGCGGAACAGAACCGUGAAGAUGCCGAGGCCUGGUUUAACGAGAAGAGCACAUCGCUGCAUCAGCAGAUUUCUGACGAUGCGGGAGCGGCUAUGGCAGCCAGAAAUGAGCUGAUGGAACUGAAGCGCAACCUGCAAACCUUGGAAAUAGAACUUCAGUCCCUUCUGGCCAUGAAACAUUCCUACGAAUGCUCCUUGGCUGAGACUGAAAGCAAUUACUGCCAUCAGCUCCAGCAAAUCCAAGAGCAGAUUGGAGCAAUGGAGGACCAACUCCAGCAGAUUCGGAUGGAAACAGAAGGCCAGAAGCUUGAGCACGAAAGGCUUCUCGAUGUCAAAAUAUUUUUAGAAAAAGAAAUUGAAAUGUAUUCCAAAUUAAUAGAUGGGGAAGGAAGAAAAAGCAAGUCCACAUGUUACAAAUCAGAAGGGCGUGGGCCCAAAAAUUCUGAAAAUCAAGUCAAAGACUCAAAAGAAGAAGCUGUUGUCAAGACAGUGGUUGGGGAACUUGAUCAGCUUGGCAGUGUCCUCUCACUAAGGGUCCACUCGGUUGAAGAAAAAUCCUCAAAAAUAAGCAACAUUACAAUGGAGCAACGACUGCCUUCUAAAGUCCCUUAA